UUAGAUAAUUUAACAAAACAAGAUGGCGUCGGCUGGAGACGACGUUGCGGACUCCGUGAAGAGAAGCUUGAUUGUAGACGAGGCGGCGUUUGAAGAACAAUUUCUCCGAUGUCACAUCUGUAAUGAAAAAUACAAUCAAGUGGAACGACAUCCCAAGUCUCUCCCCUGUAACCACACCUUCUGCCUGCCGUGUCUGAAGCAAGUGUUCGACCACAACCAGCAGAACAGCCGCCCCAGACGACAAAUCACGUGGUUAGAUGAGACGCGUGAGGGCGUGCUGAAGUGCCCGGAAUGCCGGGUAGAGAUCUUUCUGAGUCGUACAGAAGUAGAUUCUCUCCCCUCGGAUCAUCGAGUGAUUCAAAUGAUGGACUUCCUGUCUCAAGUUUCAGCAAAGUCGCAGAACGUGUGUUCAAAACAUGAAAAUCAGCCACUGAACUUCUUUUGCAAAAAAUGUCUACUUCCUGUUUGUCGGGAUUGCACGGUCUUGGAUCAUAAAGAGGGUCAAGGCCAUAAUAUUGUAGAUGUUUCAGAAGCUGUAAAUGAGAGCAAGGAAAGUUUCGAUAAAAUUGCAGAUAGUAGCAAACAGCUCCUCGAUAAAAUGAAAGGUCGGACAGAUGGAUUGGCCAAUGCAUCUAAACAACUUGACUUGCAAGAAAGACAACUUCGGGGAGUCAUUAAAGACACGUUUAUAGAAUUCAGAUUAUUGCUUGAAAGGAGACAAGAAGCCCUGAUCAAAAUCCUAAAGGACACAAUAAAAGAACAGAAAACUGCAAUAAAUUCCCGAUUUGUUGAAAUUGCAACGCAGGGUUCGACAUUACAGAAACUGCACGAUCAGUUCCUAAAAGCAAGGUCCGUGAACGACUUGAAGAAACUCUUCGAAAUCCAGCAAGAGAUUCAAGAGAAAGAAUCGGAAUUCAAAAGAACAGCUGAGACAAACGAUGACGAAAUCUUUGUUUCAUGCAAAUUUGAGGUUCCUUCUGAGUGUCAGUUUUUGUCUGAGAUGAGUGGUCUGGGAGAGGUAUCUACACAACUCGAUCAGAGUCUCCGCAACCCGGUACCAGCUCACCAGCUCGUUCUCCUGGACAGUAUGGAGGUUCGACAGCCUCACGCUUAUAUCCCGGACUAUCCAGAGGAGGAGACGAGAGAGGAACGUGACGUAGAACCUACUUCCGUUGGUCGAUUGAGGCGACUACAGGCCAGUUCCAUCACACCACCUUAUGCUACAGACGAUACUUAUGAGGAUAGGGAUGAAGACACGAGAGAAGAGAUUGCGUCGGCGUACUUAAUGAGAAUCGCCUCCCGAUUAAACCAAAGUGCCGCGGAUAUGGCUGAUGUCUUGCGUGCAGCAAACGUUGAUGAUGACGCAGGCGCAGAAUCGCCGUCUCCUCCACGCACUGGUAGAACAACGUCGUCGAGGUCAAGGCGGUCCAAUCACAAUGUUAGGGUGGUACGUCAUCCUUCGUCAUCAGGAGGUCAAAGGUCAGAUCAACAAGAUCAAGGUCACGGGUAUUCACAGUCGUCUCGCUACAGGGAAUCUAACUCUGACCGUUAAUAUUUGUGAUUUAACGACAAUGUUCUCUAGAGAUUGUACAGAAAAGACCACACUGUCUCUUGAACACAAUUGUGUUUCGGCGAAUUUAAAACGGGGCCAAAUUGUUUGAAAGUGUGAAAAUACAUGUAAUCCUGUUUACAGUUAUACUGCAGGAUAAAACAUUUACGUGUAAUUUACAAUCAGUGCUUCAAAAUGUUGUUGAAAUCAAAGGUUUAGGAAUUAUUUAUGAUUUUACUUGCUCAAUACAAUAAAAUUCCCAAAAAUAUCCCAAAAAUUAUAUUCCGAUUUUCCCCAUGAAUUGUUUGCUUAUUUUGGUACAUGUUCCAAACGUUUUUUAGACUUCCUGUUUAAAAAAAAAAAAGAUAAUGAAGGGGUUUAUUUUAAAAUAUCACCUAACCUUAUCAACAAUGUAGAUCAUUGCAAGAGUUUAAUUUCUUUUGUGUGCAUUUAUUUUACUUGUAAGACUUGCCACCCGUUUGGUGUACAUUUUACAUUUAUAUACAUGUAUUAAGACAUAUAAUAUUGUACAUUUACGACUUAUUUUUAUAUUCUUCACUUUAUCAUGAAUGUAUCAAAUUUAUUAUGACAAGAAUUAUUUUAUUUAACAUCUGUAGCAAAAGUGUACGCAUUUGAUUUCAUAUCGCAGUGAGAAUUAGAUAACUGAUAAUCAAUAAUCAAUCAAAGCCAAACGGGACUUCAUAAUAUUAAAGCUAGUUUGUAUAGGCUUAUAUGUUUUCUUUAAACAGGAAAGUCAUAAGUACAGAUAUGAUACGAAUUUACGGGUAUCUCAAAAAUGAUAUAUUUAGGCCCUAGUGGAUUUAAAACGAGAAACACUUUAAUUUGACCCCCUUUCAAGAGGAAUAACUUGCACUUGGAUAAGACAAGCUGUCAAUAGGCUAUUUUAGUCCAUUUUUAACCAGCUUAUAGACUUUGUGUGUAAUUCUAAUAAUGAAUGAGAUUUCUUUUAGAAAAUUGUGUCUUAACAAAAAAAAAUUAUGAAAAGAGGGAUGGUGAAUUUUACUCUAGACUCCCCCAUCAUUAGUAAAUUGUUCAGUUAUGCUUCCAAAUGAAUCUGAAUAUUUCCUGUUCAUCUCCAAACAGGACUGUUGAGUGCCAGUAUCAAAUCUAAGCUUUAUAGUGUGCUGAGCCUGAGGGAAAUUAUUUUAUUAUUUAUUUAUCUUCCUAUUUUUAAAACUGAUUUUGAC